UCCCCUUUCAAGAAACUGUCGCGGCGCCGCACUGGCCGGCCGUUGCUUGAGAGUUGCAACCAGCGGCGGUGGCGGUGGUUGUGGCUUGCGAGCGGGGACCGUGGACGUUGCGACUGGUUGCGGCUGCUGCUUGCAAUCGGCCACCACCAUCUCGACUUGUCCCGGUCACCGUGUAGCCAGUGAGUCAGUGAGAGAAUUCCUGCACCUGACACCCACCGCCAUCAAGAUCACAUCGUCGGACUGAUGGCUGCAUCGUCUCCGGAGUGGAACAGUCAUUCCGGCAAGGAGAAUGUCACCAUGCCACAACCUCUGGAGGUCAUGGUGCCCGUGGCAAAGAACAAGCGGAAGCGCAACUCCCCCGGUACGACCUGCCACCAGUGCCGCCAGCCGACCAAAAAUUUUGCCGGGGCUUGCAAGACAGUCAGGAAGAAGGGGCACUGCCCAAUAAGAUAUUGUGGCAGGUGCCUACUCAAUAGGUAUGGUGAGGCAGAGGUGCAGGCAGACUGGAUCUGCCCCAAGUGCAGGGGCAUCUGUAAUUGCAGCUGCUGCAGGCGUAAGAAGGGUGAGAUGCCCACAGGGAAACUGACCCAUGCUGCCAAGGUUUCUGGGUGCACCUCUGUUCAUGAUCUCCUUCAAAAGGGGCCAGAUGCUGUGGCUGCUGCGCAGGCGCAGAGAUCUACUUCAUCAAAGCAGGGCCCCAUUGUUAUUCCUACCAAGAAAAGGACCACCAUCUACAGAGUAAACAACACUCUUGUUGAUGGGAGGGCACCUUUGCCGAGGGAUGAGAACCCUAAUGCUAUUGAUAAUAACAUCGUGCAACCCAAUGGUUCUCCAGUCCCUGACAUUGCUGGUGCACAGCUUGCAGAUGAAGACGUCACUGUGGCUCCAAAAUUCUUUAAAUUCCUCUGAUGAGGUAGAAGAUGAACCCGUUUUCGCACUAUGAUUGUGCAUGACAUGUUUUUUUUUAAUGGGUGCAUGACAUUUGUCCUUGUUUGUAUUUGGACGUCAGAAUAUUGGAUUGGACCAGUGCCAUGGUGUGUCGUCUUUCAAAUACACUAUUUAAUUUAUU